GGACCCUGACGCCGCCUCUCCCGCCCUGGGCGAGGCUGAGCGCUGUCACUUAUUGGCCAGUAGGGCCCGGACCUUGACCAAUCGUCCGGGGCCGGGUCGUUAUGGCGACGGGGCACGCUAACGCUAGGCGCGGAGGGAGGCGCGCUGGCUGAACAGCGGGGCGCGAUGGCUCAGAACAGGUACGGUCCCGGAGUCCGGAUGGGCAACUGGAACGAGGACGCCUACCUGGAGGAGGAGCUCAUGAAAGACUUCUUAGAGAAGAGAGACAAGGGGAAACUCCUCAUACAGAGAAGUAGAAGACUAAAAAAGAAUCUUUUGAGACCGAUGCAGCUUUCCAUAACUGAAGAUGGUUAUAUUCAUUAUGGUGACAAAGUGAUGCUUGUGAAUCCUGAUGAUCCUGAUGUAGAAGCUGAUAUGUUUCUGGGUGGGGACCUGAGCCUGUGUAUGACUCCAGAUGAAAUUCAGUGCCAUCUGAGGGAUGAGUUAGAGGUGCCCUGUGGCCUGAGUGCCGUUCAAGCCAAGACUCCGAUUGGUAGAAACAUUUUUAUCAUUUUGAGCAUACACAGAGAUGCCACUGGUCAAGUCCUCAGAUAUGGGCAGGACUUUAGCCUGGGGAUAACAGGAGGAUUUGAAAACAAAAUGUUGUAUUUAUCAAGUGACCACAGGACCCUCCUGAAAUCAUCUAAGAGGUCUUUGCUCCAGGAAGUGUACCUAACAGAUGAGGUCUCUCACAUGAAUUGCUGGAAUAUGAAGGCUUCCCCGUACCGGCCAAUGCUAAAAUUCUCAUCAAUCACUGUCACACAAAUCGGGGACUGGCAGUCCACCGGCAUCUUUUCUUAA